AUGUCCUUAGUGCAAAAAGUGCUGUCCAAGGCCUCGAAUCCGGCAGCUCUGCCUUUGAUGGCAGUUUCUCAGGGAACUUAUAUUUACCCCUUGCAAGGCGCUUUCUAUUUUUUGAGAAAUCCAAGUCUUUGGGGCAACCUGCUUGGUAUGGUGCUUCCUCAAAUCGUCCUGAGCAUCGCCGUCCUCGUAUUCUGCCAUAUGUUCCUGUUCCCACCUCAGGCGGCUCUUGCCAUAUUUUUUAACGGCCCCACCGGCUUGAUAACCUCGUGGAUCGCCACCAUUCAACAAGCAAUGGCUUUGACUAUGGCGCUUUCUGAGAUCAUGCUUAUGCCUGCUCCUUUGAGGAUGCUCUUUGAUGCUAUUCUAACUAAAGAGGGCCACGACCGCCUCGUGACUACUGGAAACAUCCGUAGAGACGCUGAGGAAUCAUACCACGAGCGCAUUGUCCGUUUCGUUAAACGAUUGCCCCAGCGCAUCAUCUUCCCGUUUUGGAUGGCCCGCCUACUGUUUAAUGUGCUCUUGACCUUUAUACCCAUCGUAGGCCCUAUAAUCAGCGUUUUGGUGAACGCUACUGGUGUGGGCGCACGCUGCCAGGAGAGAUACUUUGAACUCAAGGGCUACGCGGCUCCAGAACUCAAGCGGUAUAUUCAAACUCGCCGCGGCCAGCUUUUCGCUUUUGGAUUGGUCGCUGCCACUUUAGAACAAAUCCCUUUCCUGGGCGUGUUCUUUGUGUUCACAAACACUGUCGGUGGCGCGCUUUGGGCGGUCGACACAGAAUCUGCCCUCAACCCGGUGGUGCCCGUGCCGCGUAAAAAUCGUAUAAGAAGUACUCUUCUCGAGGAUUAG